AUGCAUUUCAAACACAUUCUUUUAGCCUCGAGCUUAGCUUUCUGGAGCAGCCCUGUGGUUGCCCAGUCAGGCCUCAGUGACCUGGGUAGUGGCCUUGGUCCCAUCGAAGGGGGAAGUCUACUUGGAAAGCGUCUAGAAAAAGAAGCCAGACGAGCUAGUGUCAAGGCUUCGACUACCCCCGAUGAUCAGGGGAACAAUGGCAAAGGACCAACAGUGAUGGAAUCUCCUGGCCUCAAUGAAAGAGAUUUCAAUGCCGGAAGCCUUGUAGAGGAACUGCUCGGAGAGUCAUCUAGUUCUUCCACGACUCAGCCUACCGGCACGCCUAGCCCUCGUAUCACCAAGAAGGGUCUCGGCAUGCUUGAUGACUUACUGGGUGAAGUCUUACCUGAGCUGGCGCCCAGCUCUUCAGGUGCUGCCUCGGCCACUCCUACGCCUUCUGCUACCCCUACUUCCUUUGAUCCUUUUAUCAAAAGAGUGGAAACGUCAGACGCAAUUCCGGUCAAAGCUCCAGAUGCUGAGCCAACUAAAGCCCCCUCUCCUAAUUUGGUCAAAAAGCAACUGGGCAUCCUCAGUGAGCUCGAGAGUGAACUUGAGGGUCUCGCCGGCGGUUCUUCUUCAGCGGCUGGCUCUUCUACCCCAGCACCAUCGGCAACUCCAUCACCAACUCCAUCUAAAAACCCACCACCAUUCUAUUCUUCUAUUAAGAGGCAAUCUGCAGUACCCUCCUCUUCUUCUGAUCCCAUGGGAGUCGUGAAAGAGCUUAUGAAUGCAAGGGAUGAGAUUCCUGGAUAUGAAUCCUCUACUUCUGGCUCGGGGUUUGACUUGAGCAAUGGUGAUGGUCAAAACGCAGAAUUUUCAUCAGACUCGCAUAAGGAAUCUGUUGAUCCUUUCUUCCAACCUGAUCCCUUUGAGAAGAGACAAUAUCCGGACGAGCUUCCAGGGUAUGAAUCUUCUGCUUCUCAUUCCGAGUCUGCAUUUGACAAUGGCGACGGUCAAGACGCGAAACUCUCAUCGGGCUCAGAUCAUGAGGCUGCACAUUUGCCAGGACCUGAAUUUUAG